GUUUCCGCUUCCGGGAGCAAUGGCGGCUUGGGCGCUGUUGCUCGCGCUGUUGAACGCGGGGUUCGGUCUCUUUACGUCAGCUGGAACGAGGAUGGGGCUAUUACCUGUGAGAUGGACCCUGUGCCAAUGGGUAAUGAGACAAAUUGAGUCCAUUCCUUGAGAUGUCUAAAGCUUUCCUGAAGGAGGGCAGGAUGCAGUGGACCAGGUUCUCUCAAAGAAGUGGCUGUUUGGCCCUUAGAUUGAACAACCCAUUCCUACCUCAGACAAACAGGCUCCUUCCAAAGAUGGCACCUUCCCCAACCUCAGGUCCUGCACAUCUCUUCAGGCUUGCUGGCAAGUGUUUCAGUUUUGUGGAAUCUACGUAUAAAUAUGAGUUCUGUCCUUUCCAUAAUGUCACUCAGCAUGAGCAGACCUUUCGGUGGAAUGCCUACAGUGGGAUUUUAGGUAUUUGGCAUGAAUGGGAAAUUUACAACAACACAUUUGUUGGCAUGUGGAUGAGAGAAGGGGAUUCAUGUGAAACCAAAAACAGAGAGACAAAGGUUCUUCUUAUUUGUGGAAAAAACAAUAAGUUGGCUCAUGUGUCUGAGCCGAGUACUUGUGUUUACUCUCUAACAUUUGAGACUCCUCUUGCUUGCCAUCCUCAUUCUCUUUUAGUUUAUCCAAUGCUGACUGAAGUCCUACGAAGGAAGUGGGAUGAAGCAGAGCAGUCUCUUUAUGAUGAGCUAAUAACUGAACAGGGAUACAAAAAAUUGUUGAAGGAGAUUUUUGAGGAAGCAGGACUUUUAAGAGCAACAGAAGAAAAGGAGAUUGAGAAAAAAAAUAAAAAGUUAAAAAGUCUGGAAUUUGAAACAGUGGAGAAAUGCAAUAAGGAGUACAAGAAACUUUCUAAAGAAAUAAGAAGGCUUCAAGAUUUAUUAACUCAACAUGGUAUUGUGUAUGAAAGAAACUCAGCUGAAAAUACAAGUGCUGAACACAUCAUUCAUAACGUGGUGACUGCAAAGCCAAGUGUUCUGAAUGGCUCAAAGGCUCAUGAACACCUACGGGGAGACACAGGCAUUUGGAAUGACACCUUUUAAAGAAAUUUGUCUAUAUGAACUUGAUAUUUAUCAUCCAGACUAAAAUAUUGAGCAAAUUGGAUGUAUAUCAUAGUACUAAGAUAAUUUAACAACCCUUUGUGAAUAUUUCUAAUGCUCUAUAUUCUUGCCCUAGGGCAAUGAGAAGAGAAUGUUUGAGUUAAAUUCUGGUGCUGCCAUUGCAGACAGCUGUUGAAGUUCAGUUUACAAGGUUGUUUAAGUUGUAAAAAUUCUCUUUGUUGAAACUGUUACCAACCAUUGGUCUGCAGACUCUACUUCUCCAAUCUCAGUUCUGUGCUGUUUGCUUUGAUCAACUAUUGCACUAAUUAGAGUGAAAGGUGAUUGGUUGUAUACCCAGCAUCUGUAUUUUUGCCUGAUGUGGGGGGGAAUAGUUUUGUCCUCAAGUUUGGACGGAUUAGUAAACUUCUUAACCGCUGAUAGCAGGGGCAGCUUAUUUGCCUUUGUGGGAAGGAGUAGUUCACACUGUACUUCCUAAUCCUGUAGCAGCACUGAUGAGGCUAGAAGGAUGGAGUGAUGUGGAACCUUUAGCCAGAGAUGAGCAUGUGAGCAAAAAGCAAAAUCAACCUUCUAGUCUUUCAGGUAGAUUAUAUACAGUAUACUCCUAUUUAUCCAAAAUCCGAUUAUCCAAAUCCCUUCCUUGUCCCCCAGCGUGAGAUAUAUGCCCUCUGCAGCAUGUAUUUUAUGCUGGAGGAUAAGGAAGGGAUUCAGAUAAUGUGGAGGUUUGGGUAAUAGAGCAGACACUACUAGCCAGGACUGCAAGGAGGAUGAGCCCCCGGCUGCAGAGAA